AUGAGUCAGUACUUCAAACAUGUGACUGAGGUGGUCUCUGAGCUGAGAGAGAAACUAGAGGAGCUGAUCCAGAGAGAGUGGUCCAACAUCUCCACCACAGUCUCCACAGUGGAUGUGUUCCUGUCUCCAGAGCCCAAGACCAGAGCAGACCUCUUACAAUAUUCCUGUCAGCUCACUCUGGACCCAAACACGGCACAUGCACACCUCUCUCUGUCUGAGGAGAACAGGAAGGUGACAGAGCAGUACCAGCAGCAGCCAUAUGCUGACCAUCCAGAGAGGUUCACCGUGUUCAGUCAGGUGCUAUGUAGAGAGGCUCUGUCUGGACGCUAUUACUGGGAGGUGGAGUGGAGAGGUGACUAUGUUUACAUAGCAGUCUCAUAUAAAUGCAUAAGCAGAACAGACGAGAACUCUUACUUUGGUUUCAAUGACAAGUCCUGGAUGUUACGCUGCUGUAGUGGUGGUAACAGGUUCAUACAUAACAGAGUUAAAACUGCAGUAUCAGGCCCUCAGUCCUCCAGAGUAGGAGUGUACCUGGAUCACAAGGCAGGUACUCUAUCCUUCUACGGUGUUGUCUCUGACACAGUGACCCUCCUCCACAGAGUCCAGACCACCUUCACACAGACACUCUACCCUGGGAUUUGGCUUUACUAUGAUAACCGUGCAGAGAUUAUGAAGCUGUGGUAGAGGGUCUUGUAGAGGAGUGAUACCUUCAUACCAUCAUACAGAAACCUGUUUCUGGUUUAGUUGGUUUAUAAUCAUUGUUAUU